AAUGAUUGAGGAAGUAGAUGGAUAUGGAGAAGUUGAUUUUGAUGAAUUUAUUGGUUUGAUAGGGAAAAGAAUGAAAAUAGAAGAAACCAAUGAAGAAUUGAAUUAGGCAUUUAUAGCACUAGAUUUCGAUAAAGAUGGUGUUCUAUCUAAAACAGAUAAACAAUUAGGUUAAUAGAAAUUACCAGAUUAUGACCUGGAUGAAUUAUUCUAAAAAGCUAGACAAAGAUGGCAAAUUCAGUUUUGA